AUGCUUGGCCCUUUCCAGGCUUUCCGAAGAUCUGAGUGGCGCACACCCACUGUCCUCUGCUCUCGUCGGGGACUGCCGCGCUGUGUCUCCUCUCCCUAUUCGCAGUCUCUGUUCUCAUGUGUGGCGUUGCUGUCCUUCGUCUUCGCGAUCCGCGUGGAGAGCCGCCUCGAACGCGACGGACCCGGCGUACGGGACAGCCUCCCCUCUGCGCCGUCGCAGCCGGAGACAUGUUAUCCACCAAGCUUUUCUCUGUUCUGGAUUGUUGUAUCCGCGGGCCUGUGGUUUGUCGUCGCGUCCUUGCCCGUUCACCGCAUUCCUCUCCUCUUUGUUCCGGCCCAAGUUCGCGAGCGCGUCUUGCAGCAGGUGCGGGACGCGCGGCGCACGCUGAUGGACGCGACAGACGGCGAAGCGGAGCGAGAAAAGAAGACGGCGGCCAAAGACUUUCUGGUUUCUGUGCGAAACCGGAGUGUCGGCUUUGUCCACGCGUCGAUCAUCUCGGUUCUGUCCCUGGCGUGCGUGACGCUCGACAAGCAACUCAUCGACGAUAAGAUUUUCGGCUGCUCGCCGCUCUUCACUGUGACAGGCAUCAUCCUGACAGGGUACUUUUUGUGGGAUUUCUGCGUGAUUCUCUGGCACUGGACUCCAGCCGCGCCCCAGUGGCUGCUCCACUGUGCCGUCUCUGUAAUUACGGCGGCGAACCCGUUCCUGGUGCUUCCAGGAGAGCCGCCAAUGUGUUUCUACGCUGCGAGUCUCAUUCUCUUUGAGCUUAGCACCCCGUUCCUGGCGCUUCGCUAUUUCAUGCUCAGAGCGUACGUCUUUCAUCCCAGUCCGGCAGACGGGAAGUCGGAAGGCGACGCGAAGCUCACACAAAACGGAGAGAAGGGCGGCGCGCGGACGCUCCCCCGCUGCUACACGCUCGUCUCCGUCUGCUUCUUCCUCGCGUUUUUCCUCGUGCGCAUUCUCUGGGGCCUCGGCUGGAUGCUCCCGUCGCUCUUGGUGUUUCUUUCGAACGGGGAUGGGGCCUUGUUCAGGCCGUGGCGAAGAUACAUCUUCUACGCAAGUGUGCCGCUGUUCUCAGCUUUGAAUCUGUAUUGGCUCUACAUGAUCGUCGAGUCCGUCCUCUGCAAGCGCCAGAAAAAGAAGCAGCAGUGA